CGCUGUCACCAUCUAGAGGUCGCUGUGAUGCCCUCUGCCACCUGCAGGUCGCCCUCCUAGAGAUCUGUGACUUCUUCUCCCCUGCAGGUCCUUUGGGGACCACUGCCACCCAGCUGCCUGGCACCUCAUCCCUUUAACUCCGACCUCAUCUGCUCCCUUUUGCCUCGAAAUCUGGAUUAUAUAUAUAUCACCCAAAGGAGCAAGAGAGGCACCCCCUGCCACAGAGACACCUCUUUGCCCCCCAGGGGUGGUCAGAUCAUCCUCACUGCAAGAACAAUUUAUAGUUGGGAUGUUUGAUUUUAACAGGACAGUGAGGAAGAAGAUAACCUAACCACUGAGGAUCUACAAAAGCAACCUAUUUCAUUUCUCUCUACUUUCUGCUUUUUGGGAUUCCUCCCCAACACACCUUCCUCAGGAUGACCCCAGAAUACUUCUUGAGGUCUCUGUUGAUGAUGAUAUUAGCGGUGUUCUCUGCUAAUGCCAGCAACUGGCUGUACUUGGCAAAGCUGUCUUCUGUUGGAAGCAUUUCAGAGGAGGAGACGUGCGAGAAGCUAAAAGGGUUAAUCCAGCGCCAGGUGCAAAUGUGCAAAAGGAACCUGGAGGUGAUGGACUCGGUGCGCCGCGGGGCCCAGCUGGCGAUAGAAGAAUGCCAGUAUCAGUUUAGGAACCGCCGCUGGAACUGCUCCACCCUGGACACGCUUCCGGUGUUUGGAAAAGUGGUGACACAAGGGACCCGCGAGGCGGCUUUUGUCUACGCCAUAUCAUCGGCCGGAGUCGCGUUCGCCGUGACCAGAGCUUGCAGCAGCGGAGACUUGGAAAAAUGCGGCUGUGACCGGACGGUGCAUGGGGUCAGUCCACAGGGGUUCCAGUGGUCCGGCUGCUCGGAUAAUAUCGCCUACGGGGUCGCGUUUUCUCAGUCGUUCGUCGAUGUCCGAGAAAGAAGCAAAGGCGCGUCCUCCAGCCGGGCCCUGAUGAAUCUCCAUAAUAACGAGGCGGGGAGGAAGGCCAUCUUGAACAACAUGCGAGUCGAAUGCAAAUGCCAUGGCGUGUCCGGAUCGUGCGAGGUGAAGACGUGCUGGAAAGCUAUGCCCCCGUUCCGUAAAGUUGGUAACGUUCUAAAAGAAAAGUUUGACGGGGCCACGGAAGUGGAGCAGAAAAAGAUCGGCUCCACCAAAGUUUUGGUUCGCAAGAAUUCUCAGUUCAAGCCGCACACAGACGAAGACCUGGUCUACCUAGACUCGAGUCCCGAUUUCUGCGACAAUGACUUAAAGAAUGGCGUCCUCGGAACCACAGGCCGACAGUGUAACAAGACUUCCAAGGCCAUCGACGGCUGUGAUCUCUUGUGCUGCGGACGGGGGUUUCAUACAGAAGAGGUGGAAAUCGUUGAGAGGUGCAGUUGCAAAUUCCACUGGUGCUGUUAUGUGAAAUGUAAACAGUGCCACAAAGUAGUAGAGAUGCACACGUGUCGGUGAUCAACAUUUAAAGAAUAAAAGUUUUCAUCGCAAUGGACAACACAGAUCACUCCUGACCACCAAUGUCAUUCCUCCCACCAUGACAGGUGACACUACAGAGACUUCAAAUAAAAUGAUAAAGAGGGGGCAAUAGAUUUUUUUUUUUUUAAAGGAUAUUUAAUGUCCCGCAAUGUCAUUGUUGUAUAUUUGUGUUCUUAUUUAUUGCUGGCAAAUAAUGAUGCCGUGGGUCAGUACUUACCAUCGACACAUGGUGGAUCUUCUUCUUUUUUUGUUGCUGCUUCUACGUGGAUGGAGACUGAGAACCGACCUACAAAAACUGCUGAAGGAACUAAGUUUUGGAGAACAAAACACAAGAGAGAGAGAGAGAGAAACUCAUAUAGGAUGACCACUAUCCACCCUCUUAUUCCAGUGACACCUAACUUUCACGAAAUGACCAAAAUGACUAAUAGAAAACCUGCAUUAUAUUUUUAAAUGAAAACAAAAAACGGUAGCAUAGUUAUUUUGUAUCUAUAUCAUUGUAUAUACAAAUAUAUAUUCAUGUUUUGUACUACAAAUAUUUCCGAAUGAGAUUUUAACAACUAAAGUGCCUACCGGUCUUGGGAUUUUAUAAUUAUUCCUUGAUGGGGGCAAAGAACCAAUGGACAAAUGUGCACAUUUGUCGUGUCCUUCAGUGAUAUAAACCAGCCAAUAACGUUUGGUGUA